UCAUUUCCUCAGCAUUUCUCUGGAAACUGUGUAUUGCUGAGUUUCUUCAUUUUUUCAUUCUUUCUUUCACAUUUCUCAUUGUAGAGUAAUUUUUCAGCAGUCGUAUAAUGGCGGCAAACGGGAAUGCUAGCGUUAAAGUAGAGGUAUGCCACGACGACAGUGCACCACCGGUUAAGGCUCAAACAAUUGAUCAAUUACAUUCACUUCAGAAGAAAAAACCAUCAGCACCAACUACACCUAGAAAACAGCAGGGAGCCGACUUAUUUACAGCUGCCAUCUCUGAUCAAGAACGUCAACAGCAACAGCUUCAAUCAAUCAGUGCCUCAUUGGCAUCACUCACGAGAGAAACCGGACCAAAGGUGGUGAAAGGCGACCCAUCAGCAAGAAAAUCUGCAGAAGCCCCAAAGGCUCAAAUUACUCACCAUCAUCACCAUCUCACCGCUCCGGUAGUUCCCAUCAGUGACAGUGCCCUGAAGUUCACCCAUAUCCUGUACAAUCUCUCCCCAUCAGAGCUAUAUGAGCAGGCCAUAAAGUAUGAGCACGGUUCCUUCAUAUCAUCUAGCGGUGCGUUGGCGACGCUUUCGGGUGCAAAAACUGGUCGUUCCCCAAGAGAUAAGCGUGUGGUUAGAGACGGGUCAAAUGAGGAUGAUCUUUGGUGGGGAAAAGGGUCACCCAACAUUGAAAUGGAUGAGCACACCUUCAUGGUUAACAGAGAAAGAGCUGUUGAUUACUUGAAUUCUUUGGAUAAGGUGUACGUGAAUGAUCAGUUCUUGAACUGGGAUCCAGAACAUCAAAUCAAAGUCAGGAUAGUAUCAGCCAGAGCAUAUCACUCCUUGUUCAUGCACAAUAUGUGCAUAAGACCUACAGAGGAAGAGCUAGAGAAUUUCGGCACUCCAGAUUUUACCAUUUAUAAUGCAGGACAGUUCCCAUGUAAUCGUUACACCCAUUACAUGACUUCUUCGACUAGCAUAGACCUUAACCUUGCUAGAAGAGAGAUGGUCAUCCUUGGUACACAAUAUGCUGGAGAAAUGAAAAAGGGAUUGUUUAGCGUAAUGCAUUACCUCAUGCCUAAGCGCGGGAUCCUCUCUUUACACUCUGGCUGUAAUAUGGGCAAAGGUGGUGAUGUUGCCCUCUUUUUCGGAUUAUCAGGUACUGGGAAGACAACUCUGUCAACGGAUCAGAACCGGUACUUAAUUGGAGAUGAUGAACACUGCUGGAGUGAUAAUGGUGUCUCCAACAUUGAGGGUGGUUGUUAUGCUAAGUGUAUUGAUCUCUCCGGAGAGAAAGAACCGGAGAUUUGGAAUGCCAUCAAGUUUGGAACUGUGUUGGAAAAUGUUGUUUUCGAUGAGCAUACUCGUGAAGUGGAUUACACAGAUAAAUCUGUUACAGAGAACACUCGAGCGGCCUAUCCAAUUGAGUACAUACCAAAUGCAAAGAUACCAUGCGUCGGUCCACACCCGAAGAACGUUAUCCUUUUGUCUUGUGAUGCUUUCGGAGUGCUCCCUCCUGUGAGCAAGCUGAACCUAGCACAGACCAUGUACCAUUUCAUCAGCGGCUACACCGCUUUGGUUGCUGGAACAGUGGAAGGUGUGAAGGAGCCGACAGCAACAUUUUCAGCCUGCUUUGGAGCAGCAUUUAUAAUGUUGCAUCCUACAAAAUAUGCAGCAAUGCUUGCUGAGAAAAUGCAAAAGCACGGGGCCACAGCUUGGCUCGUCAACACUGGCUGGUCUGGUGGAAGCUAUGGUUCCGGUAACCGUAUUAAGCUAGCGUACACUCGUAAGAUCAUUGAUGCCAUUCACUCAGGCAGUCUUUUAGAGGCAACCUACACUAAGACUGGAGUAUUUGGUCUAGAAAUUCCCACUGCAGUUGAAGGCGUUCCUUCAGAAAUCUUGGAUCCAAUCAAUUUGUGGGCAGAUAAACAAGCGUAUAAGGAUACCCUAUUGAAGCUGGCAGGUUUAUUUAGGAACAAUUUUGAUGGAUUUACUAACUACAACAUCGGCAAAGACAGUACACUGACUGAGGAGAUUCUCGCAGCUGGACCAGUUUUUUGAUAUUAGUGGUCUGGUGGUGGAUUAGAGGAGACAAACCCUUCCGCGGUGGUCUUAAUUGAACCCGACGUCGCACUGUUUACAUCUAAGUUUGAUUGUUCCCGGAAAAGCAAUUCUUUUUCUUCAUUUUAUUUCUUGUAAAAAUAAAAAUAUUCAAAUUUGUUGAUGACUCAACUAUUCUUAGAAUAUUUCAGUUCAGUUCUCUCAUUAAUAUGAAAAUCU